AUGUAUUCUUCAUCUAUCUUCCUCGCCCUCCUCCCACAUCUAGCACUCGCCCUGCCAGGAAUAACCAUCAACAAACGCUCAAGCAUCCUCAUCCCCACCACCUGCUUCGACUCCAACACAACCCUGAAUGAGUACUUCAACUACAACUACCCGUGGGGCGACACCCACAAUGGCGCCGCCAUAAUGAGUAGCGCGAACGCCGUAAUCUCCACCCCCGGCACUCUAACUCUAAACGCAACCUACACCGGCGGCUCGGACUACGCCUACGACUCCGGCACCGUCUGGGCCAAACAAGCAUUCACCGUGGAGGAAUCAGGUGGCCUGGAUUUCUCUGCCGAUUUCCUCGCUCCCGUGGCCACGGGAACUUGGCCUGCGUUCUGGCUCGAUGGUGUGAACUCUUGGCCUCCGGAGGUCGAUAUUGCCGAGUGGAAGGGUACAGGCGAUAUCAGCUUUAACACGUUUAAUACUUCCAGUGUGGUCACGGCUGAUGAUGUGGAGUAUCCUGAUCCGACGGAGUUCCAUACUGUUAAGGCUGAGUUUAGGGAUGAGAAUGGGAGUGAUGUUAGUAUCAAGUUCUAUCUUGAUGGGACCCUGAUCACGGAGCAGUAUGCUAGUGGGCUUACGGGGCAGCCGUUGUAUUUGAUCAUUGAUCUGCAGAUGGAGGGGAGUAGUGGGAGUCCUGGACCUACUGGAACGACGCUUUACGAGAUUAAGAAUUUGGAGGUGGUUAGUCAGAAUUCUUGA